GGCAUUUCUUCACAGACUGUCCUCAGGACCACUUUCAGAAGAGCAAGGCUGCUCCAUCCUUUUUAUUGGCUUCUUCUGCUGCCACCCAGAACCUGUGGAUUCCAGAAAUGAAUGCCACAGAUGUCACAGACACCACCCAGGAUGAAGCCGCGUACAAUAGUUACUACUUCGACGAGAGCUUGCCAAAGCCUUGCACCAAGGAAGGCAUCAAGGCAUUCGGCGAGGUCUUCCUGCCUCCUCUCUACUCCUUGGUCUUUCUGUUGGGUCUGUUUGGGAAUUCUGUUGUGGUUCUGGUGCUGUUCAAGUACAAGAGGCUCAAGUCCAUGACUGACGUGUACCUGCUGAACCUAGCCAUCUCGGAUUUACUGUUUGUGCUGUCUCUCCCGUUCUGGGGCUACUAUGCUGCUGACCAGUGGGUUUUUGGUCUAGGUCUGUGUAAGAUUAUCUCAUGGAUGUACCUGGUGGGCUUCUACAGCGGGAUCUUCUUCAUCAUGCUCAUGAGUAUAGACAGAUACCUGGCCAUCGUGCACGCAGUGUUUUCCUUGAGAGCGAGGACUCUGACCUAUGGGGUCAUCACCAGCCUCAUCACGUGGUCUGUGGCUGUGUUUGCCUCCCUACCAGGCCUCUUGUUCAGCACCUGCGACACAGAGAACAACCACACAUACUGCAAAACCCAGUACUCGGUCAACUCGACCACGUGGAAAGUCCUCAGCUCCCUGGAGAUCAAUGUCUUGGGGCUGGUCAUCCCCCUGGGGAUCAUGUUGUUCUGCUAUUCCAUGAUCAUCAGGACCCUGAGACACUGCAAGAAUGAGAAGAAGAACAGAGCAGUUCGGAUGAUCUUCGCCGUGGUGGUCCUCUUCCUCGGCUUCUGGACGCCGUACAACGUGGUGCUUUUCCUGGAGACCUUGGUGGAGCUCGAAGUCCUUCAGGACUGCACCUUGGAGAGGUACCUAGACUAUGCCAUCCAGGCCACAGAAACCCUGGCCUUCAUUCACUGCUGCCUUAACCCUGUCAUUUACUUCUUCCUUGGGGAGAAAUUCCGCAAGUACAUCGCCCAACUCUUCAGAACGUGCCGGGGUCCUCUUGUGCUCUGCCAACACUGUGACUUCCUUCAGAUCUCCUCGGCCGACACUUCCAGCUCCUCUUACACUCAGUCCACUGUGGAUCAUGACUUCCGUGACGCUUUGUAAUGUGUGUUCACAGGUACCGUGGUGUUAACAAUCUCCACACACCCAGCCCUUACUCACUUUGUUUCAGUCAGGGAGUCCUGAACAGGUUUCUGAGGAAAACAAGUAAACCAAGAUCAUGGCAAGAUGGCUUCUCACCCUGCUGGUGGCUCCCUCUCUUUCUGUAGAGAAGUGUGGUUUGAAAUGUGUUUCCCUAUUCAUUCACAUACCAGCUGUGUCUACAGGGAGAGGACAGUCAAGAGGGAUGGGGGGGAACUUGGGAGCAGAGUUCUCAGGGGGCUUCUAGAUUGUACUAAAGAGAACGACACCCACCCCCAACCUUCCCAGGGAUGCUCGCAAGAGGUUCAGAGCCCUGAUGGGUGGAGGAAAUCACUCCUUCAUGAAAAUGAGUCCUUGAAUGGAUCUCUAGUUUUUAUUGAACUACCUAGAAUUCUUGGACAUGCUAUACUCCAUGAAGCCAGAUGUCUAGAGAAAUGAGGAUCUUACAUCUUGAUUCUCUUCUUAUAGAGGAUGCUCCAUUGAGGGCUGGUGAUGAGUGUAGAGAUAAGGGUGUUGGAUCGAUCCCUUCUCCACUUGAAACAAGGUGUGUAGAACACAUCUGUUGAAAUGUGAAUGCAGGGCUGGAGAGAUGGCUCAGCGGUUAAGAGCGCUGUCUGCUUUUCCAGAGGUCCUGAGUUCAAUUCCCA